GAAGAGGAGGGGGAGGGGGACGGGUGUUUUGAAAUUUGUUGAUGCGCUCGGAUAAGCUGAGUUGGCGUAAUUUGUAGAGUGUAGUCGCAUUUAUCUGCCAGUUUUACAGAAGAAUGAUGCUGAGGACGCUGCGGGCCGUGUCAGGCGUCAAGCCGAUCUUGCGAAAGAGCCAAGCUUCAUGUUACAAGAAGGCAACAGCUCAGAUCGCUUCUCAAGCAUCUAUUGAUGGAACGUCUGCCCCCCUCACUGCCCUCACCGAAGAUGAACUUGUACUUAAAAAUAUGGUUGCUAAACUUGCCAACGAGAAAAUAGCACCAUUCGUAAAAAAGAUGGAUCAAGAAGGAAAAUUUGAUCCUGGUGUUCUUGAGGCUCUUUUCGAAAAUGGACUUAUGGGCAUUGAAAUAGAACCUGAAUAUGGUGGUUCAGGGCUAUCAUUUAUGUCAUCAAUAAUUGUUGUGGAAGAAUUAUCUAAAAUAGAUCCUGCUCUAGCAGUGUAUGUUGACAUUCAAAAUACCCUAAUCAAUGCUUUGAUACGCAAGAUUGGAACACCUGAACAGAAAAGCCACUACUUACCACUUCUUGCUCAAAAAGCUGGUGGUAGUUUUUGCUUGUCGGAACCUCAGUCAGGGUCUGACGCAUUCGCAAUGAAAACUGUUGCCAUUAAAGACGGUAGUGACUAUGUCAUUAAUGGAACCAAGAUGUGGAUCUCCAACUCAGAUGUUGCGGGGGUGUUCCUAGUCAUGGCAAAUGCAAAUCCUUCUGCGGGUUACCGUGGGAUAACCUGUUUUAUUGUCGAUAGAGAUACACCAGGCCUUUCAGUUGGCAAGAAAGAGAGUAAACUUGGAAUGCGUGCCUCAGGAACUUGUAUGGUUCAUUUUGACAAUGUGCGGGUUCCAGAGUCCAAUAUUUUAGGUGAAUUUGGACAUGGCUACAAAUACGCAGCAGGAUUUUUGAAUGAAGGGCGUAUUGGGAUUGGCGCCCAAAUGGUUGGUUUGUCACAGGGAUGUUUUGAUGCCACCAUCCCAUAUACAUUGGAGAGGAAGCAAUUUGGUCACAGUGUCUUUUCUUUCCAAGGAAUGCAACAUCAAAUUGCUCAAGUCGCUACCCAGAUUGAGUGUGCUCGACUCCUUGUGUAUAAUGCUGCAAGACUUCAAGAAAUGGGAUCAGACUUUGUCAAACAGGCAGCAAUGGCCAAGUACUAUGCUGCAGAUGUGGCUCAGUUGACAACAUCUCGUUGCAUUGAUUGGAUGGGAGGUGUUGGUUUCACCACCGAUUUCCCGCAAGAAAAGUUUUACAGAGACUGUAAAGUUGGAACAAUUUAUGAAGGGACAAGCAAUAUUCAACUAAAUACUAUUGCAAAAUAUAUUCAUAAUGAAUACGCACAAUAGCCUUUUUCAGAAUUUCAAAAUUAAGGAAUUUGUUACAGCUGGACUCAUGAACUUUCAUUCCCAUGACUCCUAGGGCUGCACAGUCCGGAUUUUGUCAAACUUGGAGCAUUGCAGCCCUCCACCAUGAGCCUGAGAGAUGCUUUGUAAACAGUCCCAGAGUUAACUCCAGUGAAAGACCAUAGAUCUUGUGAAACCUCGAAUUCUUGUACUGUA